AUGCGCCGCAAAGUUUCCGCGGCGGACCCUUCCAUGGAUGUGGCCUUGGCACCUCGGGGCGACGAGGAGGCUAGCAGCGAGGAGCAGAAGUGCCCAUGCGUAUCGUUGGAUAAUCUUUGGGUUCCUGGAGCGCUGGUUCUCGGUGUGGUGGUAGGGCUCCUGCUUCCUGCCGACCAGCCUGGCUGGGGUGCGCGGACUUCGGAGGUUUUGGGCUGGACCUACUUCUUCGCUUGGUCCGUGUCGUUCUAUCCACAGGUUUUCUUGAAUAUUCGCAGAAGAAGUGUGGUGGGCCUUUCGCUGGACUACCAGAUUCUGAAUGCCUUUGGCUUUGCUUGCUACUUCCUCUUCAAUGCGCUCCUGUUCUGGUCGCCGGGCAUUCGAGCGGCCUAUCGUCAGAGCCAUCAUGGGCAGGACAGUGCUGUGCGACUCAAUGAUGUGGUCUUUGCCGGUCAUGCUUUUCUGAUCACACUCAUAACCCUGGCUCAGAUAGGUUUCUAUUACGACUAUCCUCCGCUUGCGGGUGCUGACCGCCUGUUGCGAGUGGCGGUGCUUACAGCCUUGGGCCUCGUCGGUACCUUUAUGGUGGGUGCCGCCCUCUAUAUCGGCGCCUACGCAGAGUGUUGUCUUAGCUGGUUGACUUUUCUCACCAUCAUCGCAGAGGUGAAGGUGAUCAUUUCCGUAGUGAAGUACUGCCCGCAAGUAUGGAUGAACUACAAGAGGAAGAGCACGGCCGGAUGGACGAUUUACAAUGUCCUGCUCGAUUUGACCGGAGGCCUGCUCAGUGUAGCUCAGCUGCUUCUUGAUGCUUCCCUUAGCAACGACUGGAGCAAGGUGUCUGGCGACCCUGCCAAGCUAAUGCUGGGCAACGUCUCGGUCUUCUUCGACCUCAUCUUUAUCGUGCAGCACUUCUGCCUCUACAGGGAUGCACGUGGCGCGGCCGCGUGCGAUGCACAGGGAUCCAGCUCCAGCUCCGAGGGGUUCUGA